GUCGAUCAGUUUGUGUUGAGCCGUUCUAAGCAGAAGUGAGUGAGUAGCCGCUCGCUCUUUUUUCUAUUCCUUCGGAUCGUGUUUGUCGUGGGCCGGCCUGUCUGUCCGUAGUGUACAGUUUUUGAAGGAUUCGUUACAGUUCAACGGUGCGACGACGGCGCGGUGUUAGGGCCACAAGGCCUACUGCUUUGCAAACUUUUACCUAUCAGUAAGGCUCGUGGAGUGAUAAAUAAAAAAAAAACGUUGUCUACUGCAGAAAAAAAGAGGUUGAAAACAAUCGUCGUUAUCAGUGUCAGUCGAGCGCGAUACGCUGUGCAGCUAAGUGAAUGAGAGUAUUUGUUGGCGGAGGAAAAACAUAUGUGAUAAGAAAUUUCUGACCACAGUAAGUGAGUUGAGUCUGCGAAGGAACCAAAAACCAACCCCUCCCCCUUUCCACCGUUUGGAAAGAAGGAAUCAGUGUUGUAUUUCGUGGAGGCGACACUUUUCCACUUUGACGUGUGCUGCGAUCAUUCGUCAUUUGCACUAGGUACAAGCCAAGUCGGUUUUUGCACUUUGCGGAGGCACACCAUUUGGUGGUUUAUUACGGAAUGAAAUUAUUUUGAUUAUUUAUGUCUGGUUCGUUCGUCGCUGAGGUUAGUUAAACUGCAGUGUAGGCGAAUAAGGUGGCGAGCGCAAGAAGAGGCCAAAAUUCGAAGAACUCUGAUACCGCGAAAAACACCCAGAGUGCAGUGCAGCGGAGUGUCGUUGGUCGGCUCGGAUCGAGUGAUCAUCAUCGUUAAUGCAAACCGAAUAAGCAAGCAAGCAAGCAGCCCACUGGGUGACGGUGCUAGAAGGUGUUGAGGCUUGGCAAGCGGGAGCCUGGUUGAUACCCUGCAAAAGGCGGGGACGUUGAGUGAGGCGAAGAAAAGAAUAGGAAGAAGUAGCAGCGAUUUGAUUCAUUCAUAAAAAUCUUACUCGCGCUUUUUUAUUUUAUUUUGCGCUGCUUAUGUGCGCGCACACGUCGUCGAUUCGAUCCAAGAAGGCGGUGUGUGUUGUGUGGGGUUGUAACUCGAAGAAGCCGUCCGGACGCGCGAUUGUGGUUGUGCACAGCGAUUAGCCGCUGCGCGGUGAUCGUAGUAGGCGAAAAAGCGAUAGACAGAGAAGUCUUCUAUAAAAUUAGAAUCGUAUUUACCGAAAUCAGUGAAAUUGUCGUGAAGAGAGGAGAAAGAGGUGCGACGACAUUUGCGGUACUGCUCUGUGUUUUGAUACUCUUGCUCUUGAUUGCCUGCACCCCUCUGACCGCGUGCAAUGCAGAUGCAAUUAAUUCGUUAGUAUCGCUGAAUGAAGAAGUCAGCGGGCAAUACAACGUGAAAGGUCACUGUCCAGCGAGUAGGAAGACGUUUUUUUUUCGCGUGUUUUUUCGAUUGAAUUGCAAACCCACAUUCGCCGUAAAACAGCGCGAUCGUAUCGAGCGGAAGGCUCGUUCGCAACAACCAGAAGCGACCCAUCGGGAGCUUCUUCCCAGCGAGCAGCCGAAUUCUCCUGGGGUGCAUGUGCAAGCAAUGGAUUUGGAGGCAGCGUAUGAAGCACUAGCGGAUUACUCGCUCCAGGAGGCACCUUUCUACGAAGCACCGCUUAAGGUGGUGUCCCCGCAGUCGCAAAAUCCGUUCGCGUUUCGAUCCGGUCAGAUGGCUGCGUCCUCGCUGAUGCUAACAGGUGCCCCUGGGGGUGGCGGUGGCAGUGGACCCGGUGGCACCAUCGGUGGUGGCAAACUGAUGGCAUUGAACUUUAGUACCAGCGGCAUUGGCGCUGGGACCGGUGGUGGUCAGUCAUCUUCCGGGGUACCGUCGCUAGUGCCGGCCCUCGUGCCGGCCGCAGGCGGCCUUAUGAAAACGAAGAAAAACUUUAAAAAAUCCGUCAGCUUUCUGCCGACGUUCGUACAGAGUUUCGACGGUGAAACCCAAAUUCAGCUGAAGCAGGAGCCGCUAGACGAUGGACCUCACAUACGGAACAUUCAGAAGGUUCCGAGCCUGUCGGAUUUGAGCGAUCCGGAAGCGUCACUAGAUGUACCGACGCAGAUGCCACCGUUGACGCCAGGGACGAACAAGAAGCUGACCGAAGUCCUGUACGCUUCCUUCGCCUCCUGGGAGAAGGUGGUGCAGUCCUACAAAAUCACCAAAGAUCCACGACAAUGGACCCCCGAACAUGUGAUUAUCUGGCUCAACUGGUCGAUCAAAGAGUUCUCGCUAGAAGGCGUCAACAAGGAGCCCUUCCUGAAGAUGAGUGGCCGCGAAAUCGUCGGUCUGGGGAGAGAAGGCUUCCUAGCGAUUGCCCCACCGUUCACCGGUGACAUCCUUUGGGAACAUCUGGAGAUUCUACAAAAAGAUUGUGAGAAAGCCCUACUGGACAACAGCAGCAGCAGCAGCGGUUCUACCGGGGCCUCAUCCGGGACGACGCUGUACGACUGCGGAUCAACCGGAGCGGCCAGCAGUGGCGUUAGCGAACUUAGCGAGUACAACAGUGCACUCCAGCGGUUAAGCAGUCAGCAGCAACAGGAGCAGCAGUAUGGCAGCGGAAACACUUGUGGCAGUGCUGCCAGCAAUUCAAACAACAGUAGCGGUUACACAUCUUUGCACGAUCGAAGCAACAGUUCACCUCCGCCGCUGAUUCAGCAAUCGUCCAGUCAGCAGCAGUCCGGUGGCGGUGGUAGUGGCGGUGGGGGCGGCGGUAGCAACUCUUCCAACAAUAGCAACAACAAUCCCACCAGUUCUGCCAACAACAGUAACAACAAUUCGUCCUCGUCGUCCGUUAACAAUACCAACCCCACCAGCGGCGGCGGCAGCAACAACAACAGCAACAACAAUAAUAAUAACAGCAGUAUGGCAUCCUAUCUGUCCUCGAUGGCGGCGGCGGCCGUACGGAAUGCUAGCAAUAGUGCGAAUAGCUCCAAUGCCAACAACUAUCCUGGCAGCAACAACAGUGCGAACACCGGAUCGACAGGGGCCACCGGCAGCGGGCAGCAUCCGCAGAUGAAGGAGGAACAUGAGCCGAACAGUUUUAUCAACAUCGACGAUCUGCCGAACUUCGGCGUCGUUCCAGGGCCAUACGACGAUCAGGAUCAGUACCACUCGUUGCCCCAGCCAGGCACGCAAACACCGUCGCACGGUUACCUGGAAAACAGCCCGGAAUUCUACUCCGCCAUCCAGAUGGAACAGAAGUACAUGGCGCCGCACUACAAAACUGGACCCUACACAAGCCGGGGUGGCCGGUAUCAUCAGCCCCAUCACCACGCCGGAGGUGGUGGUGGAGGCGGUGGCGGUGGUGGUGCCGGUGGAGGAGGAGCUGGAACGGGCGCGGGCGCCGGUUCGCAAAGUGGCCAUCAUCAUCAUCACCAUCAGCACCAGCAUCCACAUCACGAUGGUUACCAUGAGUACUCUUCGCCGUACGACACGCCCCCGUUCCAAACCGUACCCAGCAAUACGACGUCGCCGCAGGGAUCGGCGGGCACCAACGAUGGAACCGGACUAGGGGGUCAUAUGGACCCGUGGAGUCAGCUGCACCACCCUGGACAGCACCCGGGCCAUCCGGGUGCCCAUCCAUCGCUGUUGGACUUCCAGCAUCCCGCCUACAUGGGAACGACGAUUGGCUUCGACAAGACAAUGCUCGGCAGCUACGGAACGCAGGGUGGAACACCUUGUUUCACCGGUUCCGGCCCGAUUCAAUUGUGGCAGUUCCUGCUGGAACUGUUAACCGAUAAAACCUGCCAGAAUUUCAUCUCCUGGACUGGGGACGAGUGGGAGUUCAAGCUAACCGAUCCGGAUGAGGUGGCACGACGGUGGGGAGUCCGUAAAAACAAACCAAAAAUGAACUACGAAAAGCUUAGUCGAGGCCUUCGGUACUACUACGACAAAAACAUCAUUCACAAAACCGCCGGUAAACGCUAUGUGUACCGUUUCGUAUGUGAUCUUCAGACUUUGCUCGGAUACUCUGCCAAGCAGGUGCACGAAAUGGUUGACCUCAAGCCGGACAAAAAGGAUGACGAGUAAGCGGAGGGACACCGUAUUCUACACGGUAAAGUAGGCUUGCUCAAACAAUCGCAUCAACAACAACCACAUCAACUUCUUCGCGGACUUUAAUUUCUCCCCGGUCGUGCUUCCAAUCAUACUGCUAACGAACGUUAUCGUUAUUGGUAUCGCCUUGCUUCGUCAAAGCUUCUCCUGUGAAACCCAAUUCAAAACAGAGACGAUCGUACUGUAAUCGACCUGAUGAUUGCCAGUUCAGGCUGUCCGCGUCGGUCAGUGUUAGUCAGUGCCAGCAUCAACCAAGCAGGCGUUGUAAAUAGCAAUCGAACAACAGAUUUCCCCCCACUUGUCAAAAAAGCAAAACAAAAAGCACAAAAAAUGUGGAAAAAGCCUGAAGCGUACUCCCCUUGUACUGCCGCUCCAAGCAUAACUGUCCCAGCGUCCAUAAGGUUUGCACAGAAUAUGGGACAGUUAUGCUUGGAGCGGCAGUGUAGUAGUCAAUACACGGACAAGCAAUCGAAGAUCCGUUCCCGGCGAAACUUAAUUCUACUUAAAAAAAAAGAAAAAGCUAAACAGUGAAGGUGAGAUUAGCAGCGGCUGAGAUCAGUAAUCAAGUGACUUUCGCCGUGUUGAAGGAGAAAGGCAAAAAAACAAAUUUUAUUCUAUUUUUUUUCUUAGGUAAAAACAAAUACUUGUGAAGCUUUGUGAUAAGUUUUUCAUUUCAACGUUUUAUUUUAAUUAGAAGAUAUUUUCACAUACUGUAUGAAGAUUAUGAACUAUGAACAUUAGUGUUGCAUGCGAAGAACAAGCAGAACAGGGAGAGAGCUAGGUUUAGAGAGCGUAGGUCCCUUCGGGUUCGCGAAUUCGUAGCGAAAUUAAGGCACCCCUCAAAAGCAAUCGCGUCAUUAAGCAGUAUCAGAAACAAAUUAAUGUAAAUGUUUUUAUUGUUUCCGCAAAAAAAAAAAAAUGAAACAAACACACAAAAAAGAAGAUUAGUGAAUGCAUAAUCAUAAUUAUAAAAAAACAAAGUAAGAAAAUCGGAUUGAAAUCGGUGUUCUGCUGCGUGAGGUGUGGCAACACUCCACACAGUAGUAGCCAAAAAAAUCAGAGUACUAUUUCUAGAGCUUAGUUUGCUGUUUGUGUUAAUUGCUGCCCAUGCGAAGUGAAUGAAAUGUCCAGCUGUGCGUAUGUUAAUGUGUAUGUUUGGGGUCUAAAAGUAUGUUUGUGUGAAGGACGAACGAAUGGUUCUUCGAGUUAGAAGAAAAAUUGCUGUGCAGUUAGAGUAUUAGGCAGUUAAGUGAAAUAUAUGAUUGUAAAAAAAAAACACAAUUGCAAAGAAAAGCAAAAGUCGAACAAAAAUACAGCAAAAUAAAAGUGAAUCGUGACGGUUGGAACGGUGCGCCACUGUGACCAGAGUUGGACGGGAUACGGCCAGCCCGGGGUGCGAUGUGUAGAGAAAGAAACAGAUUUCAUCCACAAAUAUUUAUGUCAGUCGUGUAGGAAAAAAACAAAAACAGUUCUCUGUGUGCCUAAUUCGUUUGCGUGCAUGUAGACUAAUGUUGUUCGUUGCGUUUGUGUUCGCGUAUUGCACCCCUCGGCACGCGUGACUGCUGGCGAUGGAGAACCGGGCCCGUUCCAAUGUUGCUAUAUUUAAAAAUGUCAAA